GUGUGUGUGUGUGUCUUGGCUUCGGCAUUUUGUGUUUUUGCAUGACCCUAUGAUGCUGGAGAAUGCCCAGGCUGAGUGGUACCCGGCGUGAAGUUCUUGCCAAGAUCCCUUCAAGCCCCAAAAUCCUUGGGGCCACCAAGGAUCUCUUGAAGUCCCUGGGUCGCUGGGUCCCUGAAGUCCUCGGAGUCCCUAGGGGACCCAGGGACCCCAGAGGCCCCAGUGAUCCCAGGGACCAGGGACCCCAGAAACCCCCGCCCUUCAGCCCCUGGCGGCCCGGUGCCGAUUUCGGCUGCUUGUUUUGCAGGAUGUGGGUCAGCCAGUCUGACGGAUGGACGCUGCGAAGCCUUGCAAGGCUUGGCCCGACCGACCUUCAGGCCGCGAGUGAAAAGGAGGAGGAGCAUCCAAACCCGUGCGUUGGUGUUGCCAAAGAAGCCAGUCAAUCUUGUGUUUGCUCUGGAAACUUGGCUCGAGGGUACUCAUCAACACUGACACAACAACAGCUCGCAAUGGUUGCCCGAUGGGUCUAGUGCCAGUGCUUGAGGAAUCGCAGGCCGCUCAAGCGCUUUUCGAAUAGCCAUGGCGAUGAUGCGGACCAGGACCAAAAGCCGAGGUAUGUGCCUCUGCCUUCUCGGGAUUGCAUUGGCGCUGCUCGUGCAGCCGAGCACGGACUUUGCUCGAGGAGUUCCUGGGCUGAAGGACAGCAUGUUGGCAAAACGGCACCCGUUGCAUGCCGGAGUCGCUCGGCGCGCCGGGGCUGCGCAAGAGGACAACAGUGGCCAGGACCGGCGCGAUCUCGAGGAGGCGGCAGGCCUUCAGAGAAAGGACAGGUCCCAGCUUGGCCUCGCUCAGGCGAUUGCAGAAGCCGAACGGGUGCUGCAGGACAACGACACGGUGGAAAAGAUAAAAGCUGUCUUGCGAAAAGCGCAGAAGAUAAACCCAGGGAAGUGGACCCUUUCAGGGAAGAAAGACGAGUUGAAGCAAAAACUGUGCGAGUUCGUGGAAGAGGCCAAAGCAACCCUGAAGGGCUUGAAAGAGGAUUCUCGCAGGGCGCAGGUGACAAGCUGGCACCCUGGGCGUGGCGGAGUUGCUUCGCGCGCCAGCCCGCAGCAGGACAGUGGUGCGGAGGACUGGCUCGCCAAGAGCCGCGAGGAGGUGGAGGCUUUUGGCGAAGAGGAGGUUCUGAGCUGGGCCGAAGCGGUGCUGAACGAGGGCAAGGUGAGAGAUGAGCUCAUCCAGCAGACGGUGACGACACUGCAGCAGCAGGGCGUCACAGGCAAGUCCCUGCUGAAGCUGACGCUGGAGAAGCUGAUGGCAGAUGGAGUCCCACGGGGCCCAGCGGAGCUUCUGGCUGAGAAGAUCCAGCUGCUGAACGAGCCCCAGGUCACUGAGCAGGUCGUCACUGCCAAGGACUUCAAUAUCGCUGCUUGCUUGCGACCUUCAGAUGGUGACCGACCCAAAAGGUUCCUAGAGCUGGACUCUUGCGUUGAUGACUGCAUGCAGGCAGUCCAGAACAAUCUGCCACUGGUCACAAAGAGUACGAAGCCGCGAGUGCCUCCUGCCAUGCUCUCCCGCUGCAUGCGCGGCGGCAAGACAACAAUGCUUUUCAAGGUCUUUGACAGGCUGAAGAAGGAGGAGAAACUCCCCAUUUUCAUCAGCUUCAACGGGGAUUCGCUCGUCUCCAAGCUCGAUGGCGAAAAGGUACUGGACACUAUGCUGAGGGCCAUUGCUGUGAGUCUAAUGAAGAACAAGCCCGCAGACAAGAAAGAUGCAGAGCGGGUGCGCUGCAGCGAGAAAGCCUUGAAGGCAUAUCUGGCAGACAAGCAGGACGUCGUCCUCGUCGUGGAUGAGCUGAACGUCUUGCUCAAAGCCAAUCCAACCGAUGGCCACCAAGAUGUGGGGAGAUUCCUGCGAGAGAUGUUCCUUGACCCUGCAGGACGACACCUCGUGUUCAGCACCCACAUCCCCACCAGCACUGGCCUCGAUCAAGUCUUGGGCAAGGGCACAGGAAGCUCUCGUACGGUGAUCCCCAUAAAAAUGCCCAGGUGCGCUGAGGUGCAGAGGCUGAGAGGCAUGCACCCGAACUGCGCGGCCUUGACGCCGUUGGAGGCCGUCUAUUUCGGCUACAUCCCGUCCCUGAUCUACUCGGUCAAGACGGGGGACUUGGACCUGAAGGAGCGGUUCCGGGAUAUCCUACCUGCUGCAAAGUCGGAGAAGCUCCCAAAGUCUUUCCUGUCAGAGUUCUUCACUGGCGAGCGGGGUCCAGACCACGAUCCAGUGCGAGCCUUCGAUGCCCUCACUGAAUCCCCCAAAAGGGGGCAGAUCCGGUGGAUUCUUGCCUAUGUGGGACAGAUGUGCUGCUACCUGGGUUGGAAACAGGUUGGUGCAUGGAUCGAGGAGCUCCCGAGCUGGUCGGGAAAGGUUGAGAGCGGCCAAGACUGGGAGACCGUGUUGCUGGUCGCUCUGUGCCUUCGAUGCUAUGAGGCCAAGUACAGCGAGCCCCACGAGCUGCUGGGACUGGCAAAAGGGGCUCUACGGCCCGCCGCGGUGUAUGUGGAGAAGGUGCCGCAGGAAAAUUCUACCAACCCAGAAGUCAUACUGGCCUGGUGGAAGGGGCAGCGGAUCAGAACAUACCCCUACAUAGCGGUGCUGUCGCCCACUUUUUCUAAAACGGAAAUCGUGGACGCCAUGUGGAUAUAUCAAGAGAGCGCAACGGCCAGUUGCCUGGUGAGGGGCAUGCAAGCCAAACUAGGCAGCACCUACCCGACGCAGGAUAUGCCCCUUGGCAUGCUGGGGUUGCUGUUCCGAGGCAAGGCGCCGGAGACCUCCGGUAACUUGGCAAGGCAACGGUGGAAGUAUCUAACUGCGAGCGAGAUUCAGAGUUUUCUGGGCAAAUCUUUGACGGCUGCUUGUCCCGCUCACUGGCCCAACGUGACACCAUGAGCCCUGACAGCGUUGUGUCUUCCUUGUCUCAGAGCUUUUUGGUACAGCGUAUUCAGUUUCGUGGCAAAGCAGAUUGAAGCCAGAGAUGUAAUCACAGAC